AUGGCAGAAAGAAGAGCAAUGAACAAGUAUAUCCCACCCGACUAUGAUCCAAAGAAAGGGUCGAUGAAUACACAACUUGGACAACAUCAUCUACGAGACCGCAUCAAAAAGAAUGGAGUGAUGGUAGUUCGAUUUGAAAUGCCAUACAAUGUUUGGUGUCUUGGUUGCAACAAACAUAUUGGACGAGGAACAAGAUACAAUGCACACAAGAAACUCAUUGGGAAAUACCUUUCAUCUGACAUUAUAUCAUUCAAGAUGAAGUGUCGUCUAUGUAGUCACUCUUUUGAAAUACAAACAGACCCCGAACAUGCUCAAUUUAAAUUGGCUGAUGGUUUAAAAAGAAAAGAAGAAACUUGGGAUCAAGGUGGAAACGAUGCAAGUGAUAAUAUUGCUUUAGGUGGAGAAAUAGAUGAUCAGAGUGAUCAUGAUGAUGACAAUGAUAGACAACAAAAAAGAACUAAAAAUGAAGAUAAUAGUAAUAUUUAUGGAAUAAAUUUAAUGGGAGGAAAAGUAUAUAGCGACGAGGAAAAGAGUAGAUUGGAAAUAGAUCCAAUGUUUAAACUACAACAUGUAAAUAGAGAUAAAGAACGUGCCAAUCAAAUGGCACCAACGUUAAGCAAUAUGUUGGAUACUAUGAAAACGAGAAACGACAAUUACAAAAUGUCUACGAUGCUCAGGAAAACCUUUAGAGAGGAGAAAAAGAUAAGAGAGGCUGAAGAAGAGGAUCUAAAAAAACGUGGUAUCACUAUUCCACUUUUACCUCUCUCUGAAGCUGACAAGGAAGAAGCUAGACAAACUGAUUUCCUUGGUUCAUUAAAAAGAAAAGCAAAUCAAUCAAAACAAUUUAAAAUUGAUGAUUUAAAAACAAGUUCAAUAUUUCAACCAAACAACAUAAAUAAUAACAUAAAUAAUAAUAAUACUAAUAAGAAACAAACGACAAGUGAAGAAAAAAGAAAGGAAAUAUUAAAAAAGAAAUCAAAAUUGGAUCAAUCAUUAUUUAAACAACAAUCCAAAACUAAUUCUAAUAAUAAUAAUAGUAUAGGUUCCAUAUUUUCAUCUAAUCUAUUUAAUAAAUAG